GUUCAGUUUGAAACGUUAUUUUUAUAUUUGGCGUUAUUUUUAUCAGCAGAAUGAGGAAUUGUAAAUCAAUCUUUUUACUAUUAUUUUACAUCAGCGCAACAGUUUCAAGUAUUAAAGCUCAAGCAUUGUGCUCUUGUUUUGAUUGCUUACGUCAAGACAUUUGCUCGUACGAAGAAAAUGCUACCACAACGAAAUUGAUUCUACACGUGAUAUCCACUUAUCAGCUUUUGUCAAUUUCAGAAGUGAAUGCAAUAAAGGAGAAUAUAUCAAUGCAAGUACAGGAUGCUUGUACAGUGAACAAGUUAAAAUAUUUGGUGACUUACCUACUUGACUUACCUGAAGCAAGCCCCUCAUCAGUAUGCAAUGACAGCAUGCCAUGCGCUUCGUACCAGUGUUAUCAGAGUAUUUUAAACAUGGAAGAUUGGGUACAGUUUAAUUCGUCGUGUAAAACAGAAAGUGAAUUCACCGCAGAAAGAAUCACAUUGCAUGACUCAAUGGACACCAUAAAGAUAUUGAUGAAUGAAAUUAAGAAGAACACCAUGGCAAAUUCAACGUUGGAGGAAUUUUCUCAAUUUAUGCAAAUACACGAUCCAACAUGUCCAAAGCAAAAAAAAUUUUCAAUCACUGAUAUCGUCACAAUGUCUGUAAGAUUGUUGAGAAAUGUUUUUUCAUGCUCCUCAACGGCACAUAUUCCGCCUAACUUUCUUUCACAACCAUGUUCCCAUGACAUAUACCUUCAUCAUAGUGACCAAAAGCCGUCCUAUGUUGACAACCCUUCACAUUAUGAACCGUAUCCAACACCAAAUAUGUCUGCAGAUUACCCAAAUGAUAAAGAAUAUGAUGGGAGCAACAGCAUGACAAGCGAUGGCAGUUAUGUAACUAAAGAUAGCGGCAGCACUUCUAGAAAAGGAGAGUCUUUUCAUCCAAUGCAAAACGACAUGCAUCAUCAAUGGAUGUCUAAACCAGCGCCUGCACUGAGCAAUGUAUUAAGCAAAAAAAUGACAAUGCUUUUUCGCGUCAAUCAUAUCAUUACCUUUCAUCAACCAAAUGGCAGCAAGACUUGUCUUGAUCAAUCGGAUAUUGAAAAAAUAGAAAGAUGUGGGGAAUUCAGCGACCCCUAUCGCGUUGAGAAAAUGCAUUUGAUUUCAAUAUUACAAAAAGAUAUUUUGGGAUGUAAAAGCUGUGUAUACAACCAGACCUCACAUUUGAGCAACUCUUCUUCUUCUUGUGGUGUAUAUGAUACGUCAUUAUACAUGCUACGUCAGCAGUGGAUUACAAAUACAUAUUCUGUUUUAAUGGAAUGUUCUCCUUAUGACAGAGAAUGUAUUGAGAAAAGAGUAAGAGAAUCUCCCCCAGCAUUUUUCCACGUGGCUUUUAACUUGAUGAGAGGAUAUGUUGAUUGUCGAAACUGCACUGUUAAGGAUAACUGUCAUCAUUCAGAAGUUUGCAAAAACGCAAAUCUGACGGUAUCACCAUUAGCAAAGUAUCAGGCGUUGCCAAAUCUAAUCUCUGCCUCAAGAUGGUGUCUAAAGAAACUUGAACAACAAAUGUCCAACCAUCACCAUACUCACUCAGAUGCAAAGUUAAAUGACAUCGACAAAAACAUACAGGCUGGUGAAGAGAUAGCAAAUACCCACUCCGGAUUGUUGGAAGCUGAAUUCAUCAUUAAGACUAUAAACACUGUAUUGUCUGCAACCGAGGGAAAUGACACUACGUGGGAACAAAAUGCAUUUAGAGAUGGUUUGAUAAAACAGGAAUCUGACUGCGAAUCAGUAGAACAGCUGUCUACGCCAGAAUGUAUGAUGCAUGCAGUUAAACUUCACGUUAAGGCAUACCUCCAUAUGCUGGCAGGUCUUUUAAAUUGCCAUGUUCAAAAUUAUUAUGAGGGAAUGGACAUCUGUAAGAUCAACAGAAACGACACAUUUGAUGAUUCUUGCAAAUUUGAUGAAACAACAGGACAGCCAUUGGAUGAUAAUGUAAAUGAUGUAAUUCAAGUCAAUGAGCUCACAGCGACGUUUUUUCCUUUUUGUGGCCGAGAAAGAAUGACCAAUCCUCUAAAGAAAGCUACAAUAACAUGUUCACUCUAUGCUUCGAUAAUUGGCACUGAAGGUAAAAUAUUUGGUCAAGCCGAAAACUUAGAAAGCUAUAAUGAAAUGAAAAAAAAGAAUCCAAAUUUGUUCACAACAGACGAAGAAGGCCUGUCGAUGAUUAAAAAGUUGUACGAGAUCAACAAGUGUUCUGAGAGAUGCCCUGCUGGAUUUAAGUACUGUCUGUCAGAAAGGACAUGCUUUCCUGAAUGGGUACCAUGUGGACACAGUUCUUUUCCUGAUAUAACAUCGUUCAUGCUUCCCAGAAUGUACUCCAACUCCUCAAUAAGUCCUUCAACUGCUGUUAAGACCUUCUCUAAUGGUAACAUCAGCCUCAUGAAUAGAUAUGACAAAUUCCAAAAUGAUGGCUCCUGGGAAUAUAAUAUCGAUGGUCAUUGGAAAAAACUGUCUGAUAUCCCUGUAGAGACUGGAGUCAAACUAAGUGCGGACAGUUUGAUUCGAUACCAUCAAAGUAAAAUCAGUUUUGGCGUUCGAAUGUUAUAUUACUACGAUGAUUACUCUGGUGUUCCAUUGGGACAAGCAACCAAUCCCAGUUAUAUGAACGUUGUGAAAAGAGCGUUUAUGAUUAUUCAUCCGGUCCCAACAAAGUCUAAUUUUACAGUGUAUUUCUCGAAUAGAACAUAUAUUUUAAAUGAGGACGACUAUUGGAAUAAAGGUAUAAUGGUGGAAGACAUUGUUAAUAUACACACGCCAGUGGAAAAAAAUGGACAAGAGAUACCUGACGAAUAUAGACAUAUAAUUCCCCAAGAAGAAUUGUCAUUAUUCCGUGUAAGUAUAGAACAAUUCGAACUGUCAAGGCCAGUUGCCCUAAUACACAAUAAUCACCCAGAAGCUGGUCGAAUGGAGUUAGAAGUUUAUACAAAUUACGGAGUAAAACACCCUUACCUGCAGGCAAGCCACGCGUCGUUAGAUUACCAACAUGCUCGAUUUGUAUUCAGACCUAGACACGACUAUUUUGGCAACAUAACUAUUGAUAUCGACAUAUGCGAUUGCUUAGCAAAAUCAAUUCUUACAACGCGCAAAACGGUGACAAUUAAUGUGGCAGUCCUUCCAAUUAAUGAUUCUCCUGAUUAUGAUAAUGGACUAGCUGUUCUACCCUCUAUUCCAUAUAACCUUACCACUAACCCUAACGAUGGAUUCCUGGUCAGAGACUUAAUACAAGGUAGCAAUGUAUACGAUGUUGAACAAGGUACAGAUAUUGGAAUUGCUGUCUAUAAGGUAGCCUCGGUAAAUGCUUAUGGUAAAUGGCAAGUCCAGCAUUCUGAGGGAAAUUGGGUAGAUAUUGCAAUAGAAAAUCAAAUGGAUCCAUUUAAAUAUAACCAACAUCCAAUUGAUACGUUGGUUAAUUCAUAUCAUUUGGAAGCUAGUCAAAGAAUACGUUUUCUGCUGAACAAAGAUCUUCUUUGGACGUACAGCAUGGCAGUAGAGAACGCAUACCUUGUGUUUAGCUUUUGGGAUCGCACCGACGGAAGUCAACUUGGUUUAAACAACCAUACCAUUGAAGAAAUCAUUAAUUCUCGAGCCUAUUCGCGACCUGUUCUUGGAGUGCAGCUUCGUAAAGGGUGCAAUGAUAAGCCUGGUUCAAUGGCAAAUUAUGAUCAGUGUGGAAUAUGUGGAGGAAAUGGGAAGCGCUGUGUCGGUUGCGAUGGUGUUUUAAAUUCUGGCGCUGUAAUCGACAAAUGUGGAAACUGCACGGGCGGAACCACUGGGUUAUCCUACAACUUCAUGAAAGAUUGUGCUGGUACGUGCGGCCAAUCAGAUUUCGGGGAAUGUAACAUCUGCCAAAUGAAAGGGGGGAAAUCAAAGAGAAACUUCAAAGAUUGCCAUGGCACUUGUUUUGGGCGUGCCAAAAUUGAUAAAUGCGGUGUUUGUUCAGGAGGUUUGACAGGAAAGGGAAGAUACGAUUUACUCGACGUAUGUGGCGUGUGCAAUGGUGACGACUCCACUUGCAAAGGAUGUGAUGACGUUCCAAAUAGCGGGAAAAAGAUUGACUUGUGUGGUUAUUGUUUGAGUCCUAGUGAUCCCAUCUUUGAUCAGUCAUGCGUGAAAGUUGUAAAAGUGGUUCCUAAGUCCGCGACAACAAGUGGUGGUGAAGAGCUCACAGUCCAUGGAGCUGGCUUUUAUGAUAAUAAUAUAUACUGUUUAUUGGUGGACUCAACGCAUGACUAUGAUACGCUGUUUGUUGCAGGUAGCAGAAUGAAAACCCAAUUUAUGAUUCAAACUCUCCAAAUGUCUCCGGGUACCUACAAUUUGGAGUGUUACAUUUACGACAACAGAUACAUCAUCGAAAACUUUCGCGUCUAUGCUUCAGAUGAUGUGACCAUAACGAGUAUUACACCACCUCGUGUUGCUAUUAAUGAGAAUGUCAACGUUACCAUUAGUGGAAGUGGAUUUAUCAAUACAGGUGAAUUACGAUGCAUUUACCGUCAAGAAAAUAAGUUGGUUCAAGUAACUGGUUUUUAUGUUGAUAGCACACAAGUCAUCUGCCCUAUAAAAACAAGCAGCAAGUCGAUGAUGUCAGAGCUCUCUGUUAUAUUUACCAACAAAGAUAUCCGUUAUUCAGAAUUCAAGCGACUUUCUAAAGUACCACUCGUUGUAUAUGCUCCUCCACCGCACAUGUUAUCAGCUAAAAUGUCACCAGACUACAGAAGAAUCUCCUUAACAUUUCUACAACCUGCAUGGAGCGCCAAGAAACAGUGUAAAGAUCUAUUCACUAAAGCCACUGUUGCAGCUUUGGGUUCAAAGUUUCGCUGUUUCUUUAAGGGAACGCGAGAGUUACGCGUAAUUGUAGGUCGAGGAGCAACCAUCAAGCCAGGAAAAACAGUAAGCUUGUUAAAAGAUUCGUUUAAGGCUCGAUUUCAACAGGUAGCUGAUUUCAUGCCAGCCACUGAUAUCUCCUUAGCAGGUUCAAACACACCCAUUGUUCCAAUGGCAGAUAUUUCCGGUCCCAACACAAUUGGCGCCUGCAAUAGAUUGAGAAUAACUGGCAGGAAGUCACGUGGUUCAGGAGGUAGACCAUUAGUAUACACUUGGGAUGUUGAAUUUGCACAAGAUGUGAACGUAGGACUUUUGUCAAGCAAUAUAACAAAUGAGUUAGCGAGCAUAAAAAACAGAUUAUCAUCUCUGUCGCCUUCCACAAAUACUCUCGUUUUUAACAAAAAUGAACUCGCCAUAAGCACGCAAGCUGUUUACGUUGCAUAUAACUUUACUUUGAGUGUUACAAAUUUCCUAGAUGUAGAAAGUGUGAAGGCAAGUCUAGUUACAACGAAAAUUAACACUAUCCUACCUAAAGUCAGUGUACUCGGUGGAAGAAGGCAACGUAUAAAAACGAAACGUUUAAAUAAAAUUCAAAGCCGAGCAAGAACUCCGUCUUGUGUGGACGCUGUUGGUGGAUUAAAUUUCGAUUGGGAUAUCAACGAUUUCUCAAUUCAGUUAGACGAUCAGUCGAAGCACAGUGCUAAUCUUUACAUAUACCCUGGCACACUAGAAGGUGGAGAGACAUAUACCCUUACAUUACUAGUAUCAUUGAAAGCCGAUCCUAUGAUUUCCACAAGCGUUACUAUACAGCUAGAUGUUAUCAGUAGUCCAUUAGUUGCAAAAAUCAAAGGUGGUAAUAGAAUUGUAAGCAAGCUAAGUAACUUUGUCUUGGAUGGAUCACUCUCGUACGAUCCUGAUAGAGGAACAACUGAGGAAUGGUUUGAGUGGUCAUGUUAUGACUCUCAUAGCCAUCCUUGUUUUAUUCCGAACAUCAACAACACGGACCAAUACGUACGCCUCGAAUUACCAUCAGCAAGAAAGGUGAUGAUUAACAGCGAUCUACUGGACGUUAACGGAACUUAUUUAUUUAAUUUAAAUUAUAACAAAGGACUUAAAACAUCAUCUAAAGCAGUGAAUAUAACAAUUGCUCCAGGCAACCCCCCUAAAGUGAAAAUUUUUCCACGACGGAGUGCUAAAGAGAACACCGAGAAGGCCAUUAAAAUUCGUUCGAAAGUAUUUAGUAACAGUGGAGAUACGAAGAUAUGGGUAGAGUGUGUAAAUACAGAGGAAUAUGCUUUUGUUAACCUAACAGAACCUGGAGUUCUUCUGACCCCUAUUGAAAUGUACAGAACAAGAAGGGGUAUGUUUCCAUUUGGAAUUGUCUUAAAUAAAGGUGUCUUAGAUGGGGGAUUGGCAUAUAAAUUCAUAAUAUAUGCCGAAAAUAGUGAUGGUUUGGGACGCGGAGAGCUUGUUUUGGACACAAAUUCCCCUCCUGCGAUUGGUUCUUUCGAAUCUGACGUUCUAAAUGGUACUGCGUUAACGACCGACUUCACACUGAACUCGGUGGAAGGUUGGGAAGAUGACGAUGAUGAUUUACCAUUGACAUAUAAAUAUGGCUUUUAUGCUGGCGAAGGACACAAACACUAUUUAGGCGCACCAAGUUUUGAAAACGAGGUUAGCAUCAAGCUACCUAGUGGAGACCAGAAAACAAAUGGCUCGUUAAAUUUGUUUGUAGAAGUUUCUGACGUUCAUGGAGCGAUGUCAGAGGCGUCGUUAACAGUAACUGUUUCACCUCCAACAAUGGAUUCGUCAACAAUUAUCAAUAUAAAAUCGUCAGUGGAUGAAGCUAUUGAGUCUGAUGACCUGUCUUUGGCAUUGAGUUCAAUUUCGUCAACAAUUACAACAUUUGAAGAGACCACACCAGUCGUUUUAAACGGAAACAUGACAGAUAGCGAACUCGAGGAGGCAGCUAUAUUAUCGGACGCGUUGCAGGAGUUUAAAGAAAAUGUCACCAAAAGUGUGCUUGCAAUGGUGGACGAAGUAAAAGAUACAGAGACGCAAGACAUCCUGCUUCAAUCGAUCAGCGAAAUGACGAAAGGUGGCGAAGAGUUCGACGACUCAACAAAGUUACAGGUUGUAUCAAAGGUGACUAGCAUCGUAAAAGAUCAAAUUGGCGAGGUCUCUAAAAGAAAAAGAAGAUCUAUUGAUGAAGGUGGCUCUUUAGAUGAUGGAAAGACACCAGAAGAGGUAAAAACAAUUCUCCAAACAUUUGAUAACGUCAUCACACCAACGAAAACGGACAACGUCACAAUGUCAACGAAAAAAACGUUGACAGAUCUUACCACAAGUCUUCUCUCUGCAAUGUGUAAAAACAUAGCUUUCGAACAGCCUGCAGUCGUAGCCGAAUCUUCGCUUGUUUCUCUGCAAACAGUCAAGAAUAAUUUCGCUGACGCUGACAAUGUCUCUAUAGCUUUGAGUGACGGAAGUGAUGGUAACAAACCCAUCAAAGUUCUCUUUGGUGACGAAAUGCAAUCAAUGUUCGAAUUGUGGACAUGUGGAGCAGAAAAUUGUUCCGGCACCUGCAUUGGAUCUGCCCAAUACAAAGAUGAUUUGUUUUCAAGUGACUUGGAAGAUACUUACAUUUCAGACAUUGUGUCUGUGCAACUAUAUGAUCCUGAGAUUCAUUCUGUAUUAUCUGUUGGUAUUCUAUCUAAACCUGUUAUUUUGGAAAUUCCCUUGAGAAAUGGCACUGACUUGAGUUAUAAGUACAAGUGUCAAAUGUGGAACGACUUCACCAAUACAUGGGCAAAUAAUACUUGUGUAAGCGGAAACAAAGUCAAAGUAAUGGAGUCACUCCCACAUGCUGUUUGUGAGUGCUAUCAACUUGGAGUUGUUGGUGUCGUAGCAACCCAUAUAAAGAGUGAUAAUAUAACUUUUGGUAACGCAUCUAUCAAAGAAACGAACCCGUCUCAAAUCGCCUUAGUUGAAAUCAGAUUUCUGGAUGAUUUCGAUGUUAUUGUUGGUCGUGUAUCAAAGAGCGAAUUGGAAGCAUCGGUUAAAUCAGCCAUCGUGUCACUCCUGCAAAUCGAAGACUGGAGAAUACGAAACCUGGUUUGCGUCAACGGAUCCAUCAUUGCCAAAUUUGACUUCCUACCACCGGAUGAGAAUCUGGUACCGAAUGCAUUAGAAGUAUUCAAUACACAGCUGGAGCUUUUGAAAUCAAGCGUCAAAGAUGGAAGUCUUAGUGUGCAGCUGAGUGACGGAAGUUCUUUGUCGGUCGAUGUUGAUUAUGAAAUAGUAAAAAGUGAAGAGCCGAAUAAAGCUAACAUUAAGGAUUCAGACUCUCUACUACCGCUGUAUAUUUCACUGGGUGUGGUCGGUGGAAUUGCUUUAAUAGCCAUCGCUGUGUAUGUUGUGAUAAAGUUUAAGCCUUUAACUCGUUCCUACGUUGCAUAGAAUGUCUCUAGUUUUAACUGGUUUAUUGUCUCGGAUGUUUUAAUUAUUUAACUGUUUUAAUUAUUUAUUGCUUAUAAAACUAUGUUCAGCUAAAAA